CCACUUGUCAGCAGCUGCCCCUGGGCCAGCUCCAGAAGGGCAGAGCUGCAGCUGGCGCUGGCGCUGGAGCAGAGCGGCUGCAGCGGGGGCGGGAAGGAGAGCAGCGAGCGAGGCCGGAUCCGGCAGGCGCUGGCGCGGAGCUGCCGAGCAGCGAGGCGAGCGCAGGGCCGCGAGCGUGUGGGCAGAGAGCCGGGCUGCCCCCGAGGGGCUCCUCGAGGGCGGCAGCAGCACCCCCGGCCGCCAGCAUGCCCGGACUGCCCGCACAGGGCGGCGCCGGCGCCGGCGCGCGGAGGGAGCGCGGGCCGCGGCGGGGGUGCGCGGCCCCCUGCGCCCCCGCGGAGGCGCGCGGAGGGCGCCCCUGAGCUCACAGAGGGGCCGCGCGCUGCGCUGCGCUGCGCUGCGCAGUGUUGCGUUGUGCUGCGUUGUGCUGCGGGGCAGUGCGGUGUUUUGCGCUGCGCUGCGUUGGGCUGCGGGGCGGUGCAGUGCGUUGUGCCGCGCCGCGUUCCGCAGACGCCGCUCCGCGCGCGUUGCUCGAGGGCGCCGGCGGCGGGCGGCUGCUGGCGGCGGGCAGCAUGGUGCGAGCGCGGGGGGCGUCCGGCCCCGGGUGCCGCCUGCUGCUGCUGCUCGGCCUCCUGGCGGCCCUGCGUGCCCGGGACAGCCGGGCUGCUCCGCGGGCAGCGCCGGGCCCAGCGGUGGCUGCUGGUGAUGCUGGUGCUUGGCCGGAUGCAGGACUGAAGGCUUGGGAAGAUGCUGGAGGCAGUGGUCUUCCAGAUUCUCAGCUGAAUCUGCUUUUUGAGCAUCAGAGGGAUGCCAGGGAUGAGGCUGUGGUUGAAGGUUAUCCCAGUUCUCGCCUGGAUCCCGUUGUUGAGGCUCGGGGUCUUCCCAGGCGUGGUCCAAGAGUUGUUGAGCCUCGCAGGGAUGCCAGGGGCGAUGGUUACCGAACUUUUUGGCGGUAUCCAGUUCUCGUGCCUCGGGAGGAUCCCCGGGCUGUGGCCGUAGCGGAUGGAGAUCCCUCUUCUGCUCUGGAGCCUGGACUGGCGACUCCGGGACAUUCCUGGAGAGGGGAGUCAAGCACAGAGGAAGGCAGAGCAAAACCAGGGAGUGACAGCGAAAAGGAUGAGCUCACCCUAGAAAAUGAAAAUCUGAACAGCAGCUCCAGUCGCCUUCCGGUGAACUUUGCAACAGAGCUUUCCCAGUUAUUUAAUGCCACAAAUUCAGAAAGUUCAUUUCAGCCUACAUGCCAGAACACCUCAGAUGGUGAUUAUGACUCUUCCUCAGAUAUCUGCAUUCCCCGGGAUUUACCCCAAGCCGAUCAUUCCAAGUGCGUGUGCUUUCAUUACCAACAGGGAUAUUGUACUUCAGAUGCAUAUUCCGAAUAG